AACUCGGGUACAUAUGAAAAAGUCGAUUGUGUUUAUCCCACGGCCGUCAUUUUGACGUGGAUUAGCUAUUUGCUUGGAUUAUCUCGUAUAUGGGUUAAAUUAUAACCUACGUUUUUGUCGAUAUAUUUUAUUACUAUCAACCUAACCCGACAAAUGUUUCACUACAGUACCACACUGAAUUUCGAAAAUAAAACCCAUCCGCACACGUCCGUAUUCGUUUGUAAUGCAAAAUCAAUCAAAAACAAUUAGCAAUUGGAAUUCAGACCUCAGUUGAUAGGACUACAUGUUUUAAAGUAAAAUUACACCAAAUAGGAUGUCAUUUUUGACACAUUCCAUUGCUUGUCGAAGAAACUUCAUUAUAACUUUAAUUUAACCGAUAAGAUAAUAAGAUUUUUGACAACAACAUGACAGACGCAUCCAAAUUUUCAGUGAAUAUUAGCUACUACAUGCAAAAAAUUUAAAAUGGUUCCCUUACCAUGCCGUCCUUGUUAGAAGCCCUUGAACAGAAGUAUGGUGAAAGUUCAACAGAUUCCGAUGGUUCUGACGACGAAGGCAUAUCAGUGUCCAUAUUCGUGCCUUGCAAAUCUCCACGUGCUAUAGUUCCAGCUCUUUUAGUCCUUAACGACUGCGAUAUUGCCACUGCCGGAGAAAAAGAUGCCUUGGUUGCCAAAUGUGCGGGAGUUGAAGAACUCGAUUUGGCUAAAAAUAAAUUACAAGAAUGGCCCGAGGUUUUCGGUAUCUUAGAACAAAUGCCCCGCCUUAAAUUCGUAAAUCUAAGUUUCAACGUCUUGUCAACACCCCUCCGUUCAGAAGUAGAACUAAAUAAAGAAACAAAAUGGCAGCAACUCAAAAAUUUAGUUUUGAAUUCAACGUACAUAAGUUGGGAGAGCGUACAAGAUAUUUUAGACCAUUUACCCAGCUUAGAGGAACUACAUUUAAGCCUAAAUGAAUAUAACGACGUUCGUCUCCACGAAAAGGAGUCGAAAAACUGUGAUACUACUAAAAACGAUAAUGAGUCACAAGAUGAUGCACAGUGCUCAUGUAUUAGCUACAAAUUAAAGCACAAACAUUCUAAAUUGAAGGUGCUCCAUUUCAAUGGGAAUCCAAUUGAAGAAUGGAAAGAGGUAACCAAACUCGGAUACGCUUUUCCUAAUUUAGAGACAUUAGUACUAGCAGAUUGUCCCAUUAAAAAUUUGGAUAUAAAUGGGGAGGAAAUCGUUGGUUCAAAUAUGAACUACGAUAGAUCGGAGAGUAAAUGUGAAUCGUGUACUGAUAGAGAUUCACCACACGAUAGUUUUAGAAAUUUAAGAAUUAUUAAUAUGAAUGCCACGAAUAUAUCGACGUGGGACGAUGUUGAGAGGCUGGCGAAAUUUCCUGCUUUAGAAUGUGUUCGAAUUCAGGCUUGUCCUUUAUGGGAAAGCAAUGAAUACACUGAACAUGAACGGAGACAAUUACUUAUCGCAAGGCUUCCAAACGUAAAAAUGUUGAAUGGCGGUGGAAAAAUCACUGCUGAAGAAAGGGAAGAUGCCGAAAGGGCAUUUAUUCGCUACUAUAUGGACAAACCCGAAAGCGAUCAACCUGAAAGAUACUUCGAACUCAUUCAAAUCCACGGUAAAUUGGAUCCUUUGGUGAAUGUCGACUUGAAACCGGAAAAAAGAGUCAAAGUCAAUUUUAUAUGUGGUGAUGUAAGCGAAAUGAGAUCAUUGGAUCUAUUUAGAACCGUAUGGGACUUGAAGGUGAAAUUAGAAGGAUUCGCUGGAUUUUCCGCUUCUAAAAUGAGACUUUUUUAUGUCGACCAGGAUUUGCGAGAUAUACAGGGGCCGGAGUUGAUGAAAUUUCCCAACAAGCGAUUAUACAGUUAUAAUAUUCGUAAUGGAGAUGAAAUAAUAAUAGACUGUAAAAAGAAACCUAGUGAAUCUAAGUGAAUAACUUGAAAUUAAGCUGUGGUUGAAAACUAAAUGAGAUUGUGUUUAUUAAUCAAAUAUCGAUUAAAUAGACCUUAACUUGAAAGACUUGACAAUAUUUUAAAUCUGGAAGCCGAAAAUGAGUAAAAACGACAAGGCUUUAAGUGAAUUUCAAUAUGAUUCUGUAAAAAAUGGAAUAAUAAACUCGAUAACAAUCCAUAAACUUUUCAAAUAACCCUUGUAUAUGGACAACUGGUUGAUUAAAAUUGAAAAAAUAUUUUCUAGAAUAUUCACUUUUCAAUUUGAUAUAUUCUGUUUCUAUUUUUUCUGAAAAGUUAAUUGAAGAGAAUUUGAUUUAUCCUGUAAAGAAUUUACUAACUGGAUUAGUCAAAACUGUUGCAGAUUGUUAAUCCUUUUGUGUUUCAACAUUAAAGUUUACCAUCGUGUAUAUGUAAAAAAGGUCACUAAUUAAAAUUGAUUAUUUUGAUAGAAGGAUAUCAGUAUAAUUUGGUUUCAUAACAGAUUUUGUACAAGGUGUUGGUAUAUUGUUCAUUUUUUAUUAAAAAGAUAGCAGUGAUGCAAUCACUCACUUAUUUUGGUGUUGCUCUAAACUUUAAAAAUUUGAUGAUGUUCAUAAAGGAAUGAAUAACUGUGAUAUAUGUUAUAAAAAUUUUGGGAAUAACUAUACCGAUCAAUUUUGCUUUGAAAAUUAAAACGGAAAUGAGAUAAUUACCAACAAUAUGAUUAAAUCUAAUGUAAAUAUUGAAUAAUUUUAAGGCAGCUUUAAGCUAUUUUCAAUGAAAAUUAUGUAACGUUAAAAAUAUUGGUGCCAAUAAAAAAUAUAUAUGCUG